AUGGCGACUUUCGCCAAAAGCACGUUCAAUGCGGCCAUGUAUGCCUUGGCAAGGCCGACAUACCCUAGAAUGCUCUUCGACUCUAUUCUUUCUUACCAUGAGCGUUCACUAACUUUGCCUGGCGCAACCGCCAAGUGGAAGCACGCUCUUGAUCUCGGUUGUGGCACUGGACAAGCCACUGCUGAGCUCCUCCGCCCACAAACAGAAGAUGGACCUGGCUUUUCCCGCGUAAUAGGACUCGAACCGAGCGCAAAAAUGAUUACAGAAGCUACCAAUUUUGCAGCAACUCUUGGCGAACGAGGAAAAUCUCUUUCUUUCGUCAAUGCACCGGCCGAAGAGCUCGGAUUUCUCCCUGAUAGCAGCGUCGACAUGGUUAUUGCAGGCGAGUUGUCCGUCUAUAUAACUCAGGGAAGACAGCUCAUGUGCAUUCUAGCCCAGGCCGCUCAUUGGUUUGACUGGGAACGACUGUGGCCAGAGUUGACGAGGGUGUUAAGGCACGGAGGCACAGCUGCAUUCUGGGUGUGUUUCUUUCGUCAAAUUUUCAUUGUCUACAACCGAGUUGUCCAGGUCUAUUCCGACAUGCGACUGCCUCAAUACCCUCAACUCACUCCUAUGAUCACAGAAUAUUUGCAAGGCAGUGAUCCUGAAACAUCAUUGGGACCUUACUGGGAGCCCGGUCGGAAGAUUCUGAACAACCACCUUCUGGAUAUCGCACCGCCUUCACACGGCUGGGAUGAUCUAACCCGGGUGUUCUUUACUGGGAAUCACCACCCAGACCUUCCCGAACCACUUCUGUCACCCAUCAUGCAAAAAAAGACAACUUGGGGUGUGGGCGUCCACGGAUAUCUAAGAACGUUCAGCUCCCUUCUUCGUUACCACGAGGCAUUCCCUGACGACAUAAACCAUCCUGAAGGCGAUAUCGCUGCCCGUUUUCUGCGUUCGUUGAUGAUUGGCGCCGACAUUCCACUAACGGAAGAAGGGCUGAAACAAGAGGUCACCAUUGAAUGGCCUCUAGCGCUGGUCCUUGCACGGAAAGAGCUUGAUCCAACCGACCCAUGGCGAUUGCGAAACAAAGCUUUGGUGGAGCGCGUAGACACGGUCAGAGAGCCUUAUAAUGCGAAAAUGGCCCACUCCGGCCCCCCUACGACUGUUGAAGAAACUGCGGAACGCAUGGAGGAGUGGAUCGAGGCACAGCAAACGGUGCUCACUAUGGUAGAAGAAGAGUUAGAAUCUCUUCCCGAAGUCAAUGAUCAAGACGCCGCUGCCAGUGUCCUUGAAGAUACUCGUGAUUACGAAGAAAAGUCUCUCAGUCCGAGCGAGCAAUACGAACGCGGUCGGCUUCGCUAUCUGGAGCUGCUAGAUGGGAGACUAACCUCCCUGUCAUGGCGCCUUACCUUCAAGGAAUCGUUUGAUUUCGCGUUGAACCUCGCAAACCAGAUUGAGGUUGAGGUUCCCAGCGACGAUAUUCCUGCUGGGGUAGCGGCUUGGAUAACGCGUAUGAAGCAACAUAUCAGUGAAAUAAAGGAAGGUCUUCCCGACCUGGAAGACCCAGAAGUCAUGGCGAUUGAGCAGUUGGAAAAUCUCUCCCAGGACGAUGCAAAACGCUUCGAGAAAGUUGAAGCUCUCCAAGGCAUCUUACAGCUGGUCGAAGGGCUUGUUGAGACCGUCAACAAAGAGCCUAUCGGGAAUAUGCUUCGUGAGCUGUACGUAUCGGCUGGAGCAGAGGUAACGAGUGAUAUCUCGUUUGAUCAGGAGUAG